AUGUCAAAGAGAAGGUCACCAAUAUGGCAGUAUUUUACUGCUAGCGAAGGGGACAAGUCAGCUAUUUGUACUACCUGUGGCACUCAAGUUUCUAGAGGAGGAAAGUCUGUAAAGAGUUUCACUACAACUAACCUGGUUAACCAUCUCAAGAAACAUCCUGCUGAAUACAAGGAAUAUGAAGAUGCGAAGCGGAAAGAGCAGCUGGAUGCUACUAGUACUCCCUCUAAACCAGUCUUGAAACAAGCAACGCUAGAAGAAAGUUCUACUAAAAUGCACAAGUGGGCUCAGAGUGACAGCAGAGCAGUUAAUAUAACAACUAAGGUAGCAGAAAUGAUUGCUGUUGACUGCCAACCAAUGUCUAUUGUUGAUGAUAUUGGUUUUACUCGUGUUUUACAUGCAGCAGAGCCUAGAUAUACUCUACCUAGUAGGAAGUACAUGACUGACACAGUAAUUCCUCGAGUAUAUUCUGAAGUGCAUAUGAAAGUGGCAAAGGAAAUAUCUGAAGCAAAAUGGGUGAGCUGCACUUCUGAUAUUUGGAGCACCAACAUCAGUAAUGAAUCCCUCAUAAGUCUUACAGCUCAUUGGUUGUCACCUAUUUCAUUUGACAGGAAAUCAAUCAUGCUUAAUGCUAGUCAUAUUCCAGGAUCUCAUACUGCUGAUGCAAUUAGAAAGAAGUGCAAGGAAAUGCUUCAAACAUGGGGUAUUGAAAGCCGUUUACAUUGUUUUGUUGUCGAUAAUGCUGCCAAUAUGAAGAAGGCUAUGGCUGAUGGAAAAUACAUACAUAUAGGCUGUUUUGCUCACUCAAUACAAUUGGUGAUUCAUGACGGCAUAAUAUCUCAGCGCUAUGUUCUCGAUAUUUUAGCUAAAUGUCGACGUAUAGUUGGCCAUUUUAAACAUUCCCAAGUAGCAUCAUCAAGAUUAAAGGAAAUUCAAUCUAGCUUAUGCUUACCUCAGCAGAGAUUGAAACAGGAUGUUUCCACUCGAUGGAACUCAACACUACAUAUGCUACAAUCAAUAAUUGCUCAAAAAGUAGUUCUAGCUGCUUAUAACACUGAGAGUGAUGAUAUUCCUCAGUUAUCUUCUCAUCAACUAGAUAUCAUUGAUAAGAUAAUAACUGUGCUGAAGCCAGUUGAUGACAUAACUAAAUCUAUUUCUUCUGAGAAAGCUUCUGUUUCAAUCAUUAUUCCCUAUAUUCGAGCUUUACGAAAGACCUGGGAGAAGAGUGGUGAUGAUCGGGGAGUGCAAACAAUGAAGAAAGAGCUAUUGGAUUCACUUAAUCGUAGGUUUUGUGACAUUGAGAGUAAUGAAACACUAGUGGUAGCUACACUUUUGGACCCGUGCUUCAAAGAUAAGUUCUUUACAAGUAUAACAGAGAAAGAAGCAGCCAAAGAAUUAUUGAUCACAAAGAUUACUAACAACUCACAUGAUCAGGACAUUGAAGAAUCUAUAGAACCACCAAAUAAACUUCCCAGAACAACCGUAAUGCAGUGCUUUGAUGAAAUUUUAGAAGAGUCAAGUGCUAGAUUAUCAUCUUCACUAUGCUACACAACAAUUGUGGAACAAUACUUGGCUGAACCCAACAUUGAUUAUCACGCAGGAAAUGCAUAUCAAUGGUGGGCUGAAAAUAAAUGCAGAUUUCCUAGGCUAAGUGAGCUAGCACUGCAGUACUUAUCACCUCCCCCUACUUCGGUAGCAUCUGAGCGACUAUUUUCGACAGCUGGGGACAUUUAUGAUGAAAAACGUAAUCGAUUAGAUCCUGAGAGAGCAGAGACCCUUUUGUUCAUCAAAAACAACAUAAAAUUAUUAAAUUAA